CAGCAAGAUAGUCAGAUAGCCAUCUUGCUUCUACUUGAGACCUAUGUCAUAGUUAAAUUUUAAUAACCAUGAAGAGCUAUAUCCUGACAUCUAUUGUAUUUCUGACAUCCACAGCUUGUACUGCAUCUGCUAUUCUUCCCGUGUCCGUCACAGGCCGAACCCGUCUACCGCUUCCCGUUAUCAACGCCCCUCAUCCAGGACACGGAGUUCUCCUUCAGCAGAACAAUCAUAAACACCAGAACCAGAGGCCCAUAAUGGGCGCCUCUAAUCCGGGUAUCGGGCCCAAUAUAGUCGUCCCGCCCUCGACGGCUCCAGACGAGGAUGUAAAUCCUCCAUCGAAAUCCAAGCAGAACGAUCCAACCUCCAACCUCAUCGUCUCCGAUAUUCUCUCCAAGACCCGUUCAGUAAAUAUAUUUGCGGGUCUGACUCGAGAUUUCGAACCCGUCUCGACGCGCCUUAAUGAUAAAUCAAAGAACACUACAGUGCUCGCGCCGAAGAACAGUGCCAUCCAGGCCCUUCCGCGGAAGCCUUGGGAGGAUCCGGAAGACUACGAACGUUUUGGAGAAGUGGACGCUUACAAGGGGCCAGAAGGAGAGGAUCGAGCUCAGAAUAACCUGAGGAGGUUUGUAGAGGCGCACCUCGUUCCUGCGAGUCCGUGGAAGGAAGGGGAAGAAAUCGAGACGCUCGGCGGGCGCAAGCUCAGUUGGACCAAAGACGGGGAUAAGUUAUACAUCCAACCUGGCAAUAUCGAAGUGGAUAGUGUCGCCUCGCAAGUGUCGAAUGGAGAGGUGUGGAUUAUCAAGGGAGUGGUGAACUACCAGUGAACAACUGCACGAAUGAUCAUGAGCUUGGAGGAAAUGGAGUCAAGGUAGCUUAUGGCGUUAAUAUACACAUUAUUAUUCAUUUAUUGGCAGGACGAACAGCGUCCAUUGCGCAGGGAAUGUCUAUACUCGACUUGAUGCAACGGUCUGCUAAUGUGCUUGUCUCUACUCUCUGGCGAGGUGUAUCUCCCAUCUAAUUUUAUCUACUACAAUCCAUUCAAGACAAUUCCGCAGACGAAAUACUUUGAGCGUCACAUC